CGAAUCGUAAGUAUGACGCCAAUGACGAAUGGUUCGUGAACGCGCACGCUUUGGCGUAUGCAUGCACGUUCGACCUUGUUUUUAUUGACGUUUAAUUUUCUGCGGCUGCGCGCGGCAGAAUGUUGUUGCCGUUGGUGAUUUGUAAAGAAAGAAGAAUUUGAGAAAAUAUAAAAAGAGUACUGUAGGGGAGUUACACAUUUUGGCUCCUCAACCGAAACAAAUUUUUGUAGGUUAAAAGCUAACCUACGCGCGUAGUUAUAGUUUGAGUUUCGGAGUGGAGGGGAAGCUAGCGUUAGCUAGCUAGUCAACCUCACCCUUAUGUGAUCGUCCGUCGCCGGCCACUGCUACACUCAGAGCAAGACAACAAAAUAGCUAAUCGCCAUUAUAUGACCAAGUAUUUAGCGUCAUUAUUGGCCUUCAUGUGGGUGAGGGAUUUGUGUGUGUCAGAUUAUGGCGAGAAAAACAGUUAGCAGGAAAAGGAAGGCAGGGGAGUCCAAGGACCAACAACAACAGGUAGGAGGAACUAGACUGGUGUUUCAGUCAAUUGCCGUUAGCCUUUCGAGCAAAUCUUGGUUAGCUUAGUUGGCUAGCUAACGUUACCACUUUGCGUUGACUGGUUGAGCUAGCUACUAACAGAUUCGUAGCGAAUUUAGCUUGAUAGCUAACGCCACGCAGCUAAAAAGCACGUUUAAUUUUUUUUUUAACUUUACAGUAACUAGAUGGCUAUAACUAACAUUAACGUUAGUUUCCUAGCUUGCUAAAGAACUCAAUCCGUGUUACUAGCUAGUUUGUUAGCCAAGAAUGGCUAACGCGUUAGCUAGUUCACUGGCUAGUGUAGUUAGCUAAUGUUAGUUCAUGUUUCUAUUUUAAAUGUUUUAUUUCGUUUGACUGUUCCUCAUUUUUUUAUUAAAUGGACCGUUUCACUAACUAGUUAGUUAAGUUAGACUUUUGAGAGUGCGUGUUUCUGGUUAGGCCUAGGCUUACAACCACUAAUGUUUUUUCCUAAGUAAGCACCGGAUGUACAAUUGGAUUUUAGGGGAUGUGUGGAAAAAUAUAUAGAAUAAUCAUUCUGAGAAUGGCAUACAAUUUCAGUAGAGGUGUAAAAUGAUAGCAAUUUAGCUAGGUUAUAUCCUAUUCGACUGGACAAGGGUGGGUAAGCCAUGUGUUGUACACUGACUGCAAUUGAAUUCAACUAAAUUUCAGUGCUUAUUGGUUAGGCUAAAUGUAUGAAAAAUGAGAAUUAUUUCAGUAUUGCCCCCAAAUCCAGUGCCACAUCCGGCAUAAUGUUCCAAUGUUGAUGUACCACGGCCACAUACAAAGCCCAUACUGCAGAAAUGUCCAAGUAAUCAAAUCCAAUUUUAUUUGCCACAUGCACAGAAUACAACAGGUGUAGACCUUACAGUGAAAUGCUUACUUACAAGCCCUUAACCAACAAUGCAGUUUUUAAGAAAAGAAAAAAAAAGUGUUAAGUAAAAAAAGAGAUAAGUAAAAAAUAGCAAAUAAUGACAUUUUAGUCAUUUAGCAGACGCUCUUAUCCAGAGCGACUUACAGUUAGUGAGUGCAUACAUUUUGAUUUUUUUUUUCUCCAUACUGGUCCCCCGUGGGAAAUGAACCCACAACCCUGGCGUUGCAAAUGCCAUGCUCUACUAACUGAGCUACACAGGACUUUAAAGAGCAGCAGUAAAAUACAAUAACAGUAGGGAGGCUAUAUACAGGGGGUACCGGUACAGAGUCAAUGUGCGGGGGCACCGGUUAGUCGAGGUAAUUGAGGUUAUAUGUACAUGUGGGUAGAGUUAAAGUGACUGCAUAAAUAAUUAAUUAGCAGCGUAGUGGGGUGGGGGGGCAAUGCAAAUAGUCUGGGUAGCCAUGAUUAGCUGAGGGAUGAGGCAAAUAUAAAGAAGAAACUAUACUAUGAAACAAAGAUGAAUGAUAGUAAAAGCUUUGGAGCACCUUAAAUGACAUUUUGGGCAAAAGGGCAAACUCAGCUCCAUCAUUCAUUGAAUCAGAUGGCUCAUUCAUCACAAAACCCGCUGAUAUUGGCAAUUACUUUAAUGAUUUUAUUUCAUUGGCAAGAUGAGCAAAUUUAGGCAUGACUUCAUUGUGGCUUUUGACAUUAUUGAUCAUAGUCUGCUGAUGGAAAAAUGUAUGUGUUAUGGCUUUACACCCCCUACUAUAUUGUGGAUCAAUAGUUACCUGUCUAACAGUACACAGAGGGUGUUCUUUAAUGGAAGCCUCUCCAACAUAAUCCAGGUAGAAUCAGGAAUUCCUCAGGGCAGCUGUCUAGGCCCCUUACUUUUUGAGUAAUCUCCCGAGUGGCGCAGUGGUCUAAGGCACUGUAUUGCAGUGCUAGCUGUGCCACUAGAGAUCCUGGUUCGGAUCCAGGCUCUGUCGUAGCCGGCCGCGACCGGGAGACCCAUGGGGCGGAGCACAAUUGGCCCAGCGUCGUCCAGGAUAGGGGAGGGAAUGGCCGGCAGGGAUGUAGCUCAGUUGGUUGAGCAUGGCGUUUGCAACGCCAGGGUUGUGGGUUCAAUACCCACGGGGGGGCCAGUAAAAAAAAAUAUAUAUAUAUAUAUAAAAAAGAAUAAUGUAUGCACUCACUAACUGUAAGUCGCUCUGCUAAAUGACUAAAAUGUAAAUGUAAAAUGAGUAAAGCCAGUAUGUCUAUGUGUGCGGAUGACGCAACACUAUACACGUCAGCUACUACAUCGAGGGAAAUCACUGCAACACUUAACAAAGAGCUUAUUAAUGUUAGCUCUCCAUGUACAUUUAAGGGCCAGCCGUGCUGAGCCAAUUGUAAUUUUCCGAGGUCCCUCUGUGGCACCUGACCACACGACAACAGUAGUCCAGGUGUGACAAAACUAGGGCAGCCUAGACAGCUGCCCUGGGGAAUUCCUGAUUCUAGCUGGAUUAUGUUGGAGAGGCUUCCAUUAAAGAACACCCUCUGUAUACUGUUAGACAGGUAACUAUUUAUCCUUAAUAUAGUAGGGGGUGUAAAGCCAUAACACAUGUAAACCUCAGUACUACAUAGAGCCAUGGCAACAUCAGGUAACUGAUGCAAGCAUUAGAAUCAGAUUUUAAAAAAAACAAACAGAUAAAAAUACACCUUAUGGAACAGCGGGGACUGUGAAGCGACACACACACACAGGCACAGGCACAUACACACAAAGUCAAACUGUCAAAGACACUUCCUCUAGCCUAAAAUACAAUUUUGUGUACUGAAUUGCAGGAGCAUGGGAAAUUUCAUGAACAUUUUGUUCCAUAUUCACUUGGAAUGACCCCAUUCUAAAUAGUCAGUGUUCUUGAUGUACUUGGUGCUGUUCAUCUCAUUUAAGCCUUGUACAAACCUUUCUCCUUCUCUUUUUCUCUCUCCUCCGUCAGGUGGCCUGGUGCCAGUCGGCGAGCAAGCGAACGCGUGUGUCCUCAUCCCGGCACGCUCAGCAGUGGUGGCGUAGUCAGUGCUCAGUGGUGUGUGCAAUCCGGGGCCGCGAGUUUCGGCCGCAGCAGCAGCAUGAGUGGCGGCUCCAGCGUAGCCUGCGGGGCUUUGCCGCCGGCCGCCUCCCGGGCAUCCUUAAGGAGCGGGAGUUCUCCCUUGGCCGCCUCAACAAGGUGUUCGCCUCCCAGUGGCUCAACCACCGCCAGGUGGUGUGUGGAACCAAGUGCAAUACGGUGAGACAUUGCCCUCUUGUUUUACCCUACUCUGCUUUCUUCUUUCAAAAUGGAAAAAGGUGUAAAAACAUUUACUGUUAACUGGAAAACCUCGAACUGACCUAUUAUGAAUAAUAAAGCUACCCCCACAUGAUUCCAGACCAUUUAACUUUUUAUCUAACCAGAUUUCUUUGUUCCUCUCCCCAGCUAUUUGUGGCAGAUGUUCUGACAGGGCAGAUCACUCGCAUCCCCAUGCUGAAGGACCGACAGGGCGGAAGAGGGGGGGUCGGGGGGACAAUAGGAGCCCCCUUCCUCUCCGGUAGUGGCUCAGUGUCUGGGCUGGACCAGCAAGGCUGUGGGAUCCACGCCAUCGAGCUUAACCCCUCCGGCACUCUGUUGGCCACCGGCGGAGACAACCCUAACAGCCUGGCCGUCUACCGGCUGCCCACCCUGGACCCCGUCUGCGUGGGGGACGUGAGUUGUUCCUCUCUCUUCUGGGUGUUUUGUUACUGAGCUACACAGUGGCACAGCAGUGGUGGCUGAGACAGCCUAAGCAAGGCUGAUCAUACAAUGAAAAUAGUUGUUUUUUAAAAUCCUAAUCAUGGGAGGGUUCUCUGUUUUUCAGGAUGGCCAUAACGAUUGGAUCUUCUCAAUUGCGUGGAUCAGCGACAGCAUGGCUGUGUCUGGUGAGUGUUAAGUGACACAAACUGCUAAGCCAUAUGGAGAACUUCACACUAUUGUUCAUCCGCAAUAGUUUUUUAUGUAUGUAAUAUUGUCUCCGUAUAAAAUCAACAAACCAAUCAAUGUGCUGCUACUCUACAGGGUCCCGGGACGGUUCAAUGGGCCUGUGGGAGGUGUCUGAGGAGGUUCUGAGCCACUCCAUGAGACAGCAGGACGAAGAGGGGGUCCCCUGCUACUCCCACAUCUCCCACCGUGCCCUGGAGGACAUCCCCAAGGAAUACACCAACCCCUACAACUGCAAAGUGCGCGCCCUGGCCUUCAACAACAACCACAAGGUCAGCCACACCUCCCUCCUAGCCCUCUGAGACAAACCACAGCCAGUGUUCUCUAGUAGAAAUCUGUGUUGUACUUCAGCCCUGUACCUACACACUAUCUUUUAUUGCCUUCUCUCAGGAGCUUGGUGCAGUGUCCCUGGAUGGCUAUUUCCACCUUUGGAAGGCAGAGCAAAACUUGAGCAAGGUCUGUUUGAGUAUAUCUGUUUCCGCUCUGCAUAGCAAUGCUUGUUUGGUUCUGUGACUGUACUUGCUUGGGGACAUGUGGUCCUCUGUAGCUCAGCUGGUAGAGCACGGCGCUUGUAACGCCAAGGUAGUGGGUUCGAUCCCCGGGACCACCCAUACACAAAAAUGUAUGCACGCAUGACUGUAAGUCGCUUUGGAUAAAAGCGUCUGCUAAAUGGCAUAUUAUUAUUUAUUAUUAUUAUUAUUAUUAUUAUAUUAUUAUUGGAGAGUAUGAACACUUGGCUGGUGUCGUCAUAAGUCAAUAUUAAACAGUACUGCAUGUUUGUUGAAUGUCCUCACAUACCAAACAUUUCUGGUCAAGACGAUUGGGUGCGUUAGGGUUGGGCGAUGUUACGAUGGUAUCGGAUAUCGAAGAUGAUUGACAGCCAUAUCGACGACAUCGUAAUGUGACAGAUGAUGUAUAGCCUAUUACAAUUUGUCUGGUACCACGCAGUAGAGAGCUGACCGGGCAGCCCACAGCAGGGCCCUGCCAAGUGGCCUAUUCCUUUGCUAUAGCAUGCAUAACCUACAGUGCAUUUGGAAAGUAUUCAGACCCCUUCCUUUUUUCCACAUUUUGUUACGUUACAGCCUUAAUCUAAAAUGGAUUUUAAAAAAAUAUCCUCAUCAAUCUACACAUAAUACCCCACCCAUAAUGACAAAGCGAAAACAUGUUUUCAGACAUUUUUGCUAAAUAAAAAAACAGAUACUUUAUUUACAUAUGUUAUGAGACUCAAAAUGGAGCUCAGGUGCAUCCUGUUUCCAUUGAUCAUCCUUGAGAUGUUUCUCCAACUAGAUUGGAGUCCACCUGUGUUAAAUUCAAUUGAUUGGACAUGAUUUGGAAAGGCACACACUUGUCUAUAUAAGGUCCCACAGUUGACAGUGCAUGUCAGAGCAAAAACCAAGCCAUGAGGUCGAAGGAAUUGUCCAUAGAGCUACGAGACAGGAUUGUGUCGAGACACAGAUCUGGGGAAGGGUACCAAAAAAUAUCUGCAGCAUUGAAGGUCCCCAAGAACACAGUAGCCUCCAUAAUUUUUAAAUGGAAGAAGUUUGGAACCACCAAGACUCUUCCUAGAGCUGGCCGCCCGGCCAAACUGAGGAUUCGGAGGAGAAGGGAGGUGACCAAGAACCCGAUGGUCACUCCGACAGAUCUCCAGAGUUCCUCUGUGGAGAUGGGAGAACCUUCCAGAAGGACAACCAUCUCUGCAGCACUCCACCAAUCAGACCUUUAUGGUAGAGUGGCCAGACGGAAGCCACUCCUCAGUAAAAGGCACAUGACAGCCCACUUGGAGUUUGCCAAAAGGCAUCUAAAGGCCUCAGACCAUGAGAAACAAGAUUCUGUGGUCUGAUGAAACCAAGAUUGAACUCUUUGGCCUGAAUGUCAAGCGUCAUGUCUGGAGGCAACCUGGCACCAUCCUUACGGUGAAGCAUGGUGGUGGCAGCAUCAUGCUGUGGGGAUGUUUUUCAGCGGCAGGGACUGGGAGACGACUCCAGAUCAAGGGAAAGAUGAACGGAGCAAAGUACAGAGAGAUCCUUGAUGAAAACCUGCUCCAGAGCGCUCAGGACCUCAGACUUGGGUGAAGGUUCACCUUCCAACAGGACAAUGACCCUAAGCACACAGCCAAGACAACGCAGGAGUGGCUUCGGAACCAGUCUCUGAAUGUCCUUGAGUGGCCCAGCCAGAGCCCGGACUUGAACCCAAUCAAACAUCUCUGGAGAGACGCUCCCCAUCCAACCUGACAGAGCUUGAGAGGAUCUGCAGAGAAGAAUGGGAGACACUCCCCAAAUACAGGUGUGCCAAGCUUGUAUCGUCAUACCCAAGAAGACUCUAGGCCAGGGGUGUCAAACGUCCGGCCCGCGGGCCGGAUCAGGCCCGCAAACGGGUUUAAUCCGGCCCGCGAGAUGAUUAAAAACAUUUUAAAUAAAAGGAACAAAAAAUAAUAAAAUAAUAAAAAAAAUUGUAAAGUAUAAAAAUGCGCUGCAAUUUUUCAAUAAAAUAAACUGCUGUUCCAAUUGCGUCCACUGGAUGGCGCAAAAGCAAUUGUGUUAAGCAAGCAAACUGUUUAUACCGGGGCAGAGCAAGUAGGUCAAGCACGGGCAGCCAAUGAGCUACUUUGUUUUGCCCGCGAUAUUUAUUACGGCUUCUACUUUUAACAUUAUGUGCUUUGGCACCCUCAUUGCCCCAAUAUGUCUCUGUCAAAAAAGAGAAAAGUGGACGCAGAGUGUUCCAAGAAAAAUGGUCAUCCUAUUUCUUCACGGAAUUGAAUGGGAAAGCUGUAUGUUUGGUGUGUUCAGAGCAUGUUGCAGUGCUGAAAGAAUAUAACCUUCGUCGCAACUAUGUGAGUCUUCAUGCCGACAAAUAUGACAACUUUCAAGGACAGCGGAGAUGAGAGAAGGUGAAUGAGCUGUUGGCAGGUCUGAAGAAACAGCAGUCUGUGUUUACUCACAGCCGAGACAUCAGUGACGCUGCAGUGAAAGCUAGCUACCUCAUUGCUAAUGAAAUCGCAGUGGCUUCAAAACCAUUUAGUGAGGGUGAAUUUGUAAAAACAUGCAUGAUGAAGGCAGCGGAGAUUGUGUGCCCUGAAAAGCGGCAGGCUUUUGCAAAUAUCAGCCUGACAAGAAACACAGUUGCAGACAGGAUUUCCGAUCUUUCAGUGGAUUUGGACAGCCAGUUGAAGCAAAAAGUAGUCAUUUAUUGCGUUUUCGGUUGCAAUUGAUGAAAGCACGGACAUUACAGAUGUUGCACAACUGGCCAUUUUCAUCCGCGGAGUUGAUGACACAUUGACCGUCACUGAGGAGUUCGUGGAGUUGGUGCCGAUGACAGAUACAACGACAGCAGCUGAUAUUUUUACCGCACUCGUCGGCGCGCUGGACAGGGUCGGAGUGGACUGGUCCCGCGCUGUCAGCCUGGCUACAGAUGGUGCGCCCUCAAUGAUCGGGAAAAAAGCAGGCGUUGUGACAAAGUUCAGAGAGAAAGUGCAAUCUGCAAAUGGAGGACGUGAUUUUUUGACUUUUCACUGUAUUUUGCACCAGGAGGCUUUGUGUUGCAAGUCAUUAAAGAUGGAUAACGUCAUGAAGGUGGUCAUCCAAACUGUUAAUUUCAUCCGAUCCAGAAGCCUGAAUCACCGUCAGUCUGACAGCCUUCUCAGAGACCACAUCUAUGGCCUGCCAUACCACACUGAGGUAAGAUGGUUAAGCCGAGGUGCUGUGCUGAGGCGUUUCUUUGAUUUACGAGAAGAAAUUGAACAGUUCAUGGAAGAAAAGGGCAAACCAGUGUUAGAAUUUCAUUCCGCAGAAUGGAUGCAGGACCUUGCAUUUAUGGUGGAUGUUACAGAGCACCUGAAUAACUUGAACAAACAGCUGCAAGGGCGCAACAAAGUUGUCACGCAGUAUUAUGACAGCAUACGUUCUUUCAAGUUGAAGCUGUCAUUGUGGGAGACGCAACUUGCCGGUGGUGAUGCAGCUCACUUCCCCUGUCUGAAAAAUGUGUGCGCGACCCAACAUGUGGCAGACAUGAAGCGGUUCAAAGAUAAAAUAACGGGACUGUUACGGGAGUUUGAGCAACGCUUUCAGAUUUAUGUUUAUAUGUUUUUAUGUUGAUGUGCUAUUGUUUUUAAUUGUUUUUAUUUUAUUUGUAUAUUUAACCUAUUCUUGACUCUGUGGUUCUUGCACUUGUUUGGGGAACAGGAUGUCAUUCUUUUUAUCUACAUUUCUGCCUGAGAAAUGACACCCUGAUAUAGUUCUGUGAUAUGUGAAACAGUUCUGUUAAUCACUGAGGCAUUGUGUGUUUGUGUGUUCUUUUUCUUUAGAAUUUUCAAAUAAACUUGACGUGUUUUAUGAUUAAUAGUGAUCUUGUGCUUGUACUAUUUUGGACACACUGUCCUCAGGCUCCAGCUUUAGGUUGUAUGUUGAUCGUAUUAAAACAAAGAAAACAAUCUGAAGUUGUUGUUUUUAAGUUAUAUAUACCAUGAUUUUUCCGGUCCGGCCCACUUGGGAAUAGAUUUUCCUCCAUGUGGCCCCUGAGCUAAAAUGAGUUUGACACCCCUGCUCUAGGCUGUAAUCGCUGCCAAAGGUGCUUCAACAAAGUACUGAGUAAAAAGUCUGAAUACUUAUAGGUGGGGUAUUGUGUGUAGAUUGAGUAUUUUUAUUUAUUUAAUCAAUGUUAGAAUAAGGCUGUAACGUAACAAUGUGGAAAAAGUCCAGGGGUCUGAAUACUUCCAGAAUGCACUAUAUUUCAAGAAAUAUUUUAAAACAAUUUACAGAAUGCAACAAAAUAAUGUAGACAGCUAAGAUUUUCACCAAAGCAGCGCAAAAUGUCCAGUCAGAUUUUAAAUUCCCCCCCCCAGUGAUCUGAAUCCUGUUUUUAUAGCGGACACUCCGGUGUCUUAAUAAUUUUAAAAGCCUCAUUUUGUAUUUUCUCUCCAUUUGAUAUAAAUAUGACUUAAGUUUUUAUGCAUGCUGUCUUUCUCCCGCUGCUCUAAUUCAUUAUUAAACAAUUAAUUUAUCUAACAGAGUUCUAUCUCAGAAAGUUUGAAGUUGUUUUUAAGUAACCUAAAAACAUGAUAGGCCUAUGGUAAUAAUGAGAGGUAGAACAAACAAUAGCAAGAAAGAAAAAUUGAAUGAGUAGUUUGAACAAACCUUACAGUUGAGCAAAGCUUAGUCUAAUAUAUAAUAAAUUAUGCAUGCAUCCCUCCUCCUUCCCGUUGCGAACCAAACGGCCAAAAGCCAAAUCCUACUGAUAGCCUAUCAAAACCAUUAAGACAAGUUAAAGUUAUUUGAGUAUUUCCCAAAUAGGCUAAUAAAUAGUGUUUAAUGUCCUAGUGUUGCAGCUUUCAAAUGGGAACAAUUGUAAAAGUCAGUCAAUAGGCAAUGUUCUAUCACAGCUCUAUUUUGAAUUAAAAAUAUGAGGCAACAAUAAGUGAAAUUUAGCAAACAUUAUCAAGAUUGAGUUGCACCCGCUCUUUUUCCCUUCAAAACAGCCUCAAUUCGUUGGGGCAUGGACUCUACAAGGCGUCAAACGUUCCACAGGGAUGCUGGCCCAUGUUGACUCCAAUGCUUCCCACAGUUGUCAAGUUGGCUGGAUAUCCUUUGGGUGGUGGACGAUUCUUGAUACACACGGGAAACUGUUGAGGGUGAAACCCAGCAGCGUUGCAGUUCUUGACACACACUGUUGUGUCUGGCACCUAUUGUCAUACUCAUUCUCAAAGGCACUUACAUUUUUUGUCUUGCCCAUUCACUCUCUGAAUGGCGCACAUACACAAUUCACGUCUCAAUUGUCUCGAGGCUUAAAAAUCCUUCUUUAACCUGUCUCCUCCCCUUCAUCUACACUGAUUUGAAGUGGAUUUAACAAAUCAAUAAGAGAUCAUAGCUUUCACCUGGAUUCACCUGGUCAUUCUAUGUCAUGGAAAGAGCAGGUGUUCUUAAUGUUUUGUAUAAGCCUAGGCAAAAAUGUAAAUCAUUGAAUAUAAUUAUACAGUUCUGGGGACAGCAGAAGUGCUACAACCCAACACACGACGAGGCUCCUUGACUGUCACUUGCGCGUCGGCACAUACCUCUUUCGUGCCACAGCAGAGAGGAAUAGGCUGCUAAAAAGAUUUGGCCCCAAAAAUAUAUUUUCAUGAUUUCUCAUGUCCCUCCCGUAGCAUGUGAGCUUGUGCUAGCGGUCCUUUUUAGCAGUCUUUUUUUCCAUUUAGUUUCUAUUAAAACAUUUUGGGGGUUGGCUAAUAGGGGUCGAUACCAUCGUAUAUCACAAUGUUUGAUGGGUACUUAAUCAAGAUAGGACAUUUACAUUUACAUUUUAGUCAUUUAGCAGACGCUCUUAUCCAGAGCGACUACAAAUUGGUGCAUUCACCCUAUAGCCAGUGGGAUAACCACUUUACAAUUAUAUUUUUUUUUUUUGGGGGGGUGGGGGGUAGAAGGAUUACUUUAUCCUAUCCCAGGUGUUCCUUAAAGAGGUGGGGUUUCAAAUGUCUCCGGAAGGUGGUGAGUGACUCCGCUGUCCUGGCGUCGUGAGGGAGCUUGUUCCACCAUUGGGGUGCCAGAGCAGCGAACAGCUUUGACUGGGCUGAGCGGGAACUAUGCUUCCGCAGAGGAAGGGGAGCCAGCAGGCCAGAGGUGGAUGAACGCAAUGCCCUCGCCUGGGUGUAGGGACUGAUCAGAGCCUGAAGGUACGGAGGUGCCGUUCCCCUCACUGCUCCAUAGGCAAGCACCAUGGUCUUGUAACGGAUGCGAGCUUCAACUGGAAGCCAGUGGAGUGUGCGGAGGAGGGGGGUGACGUGAGAGAACUUGGGAAGGUUGAACACCAGACGGGCUGCGGCAUUCUGGAUGAGUUGUAGGGGUUUAAUGGCACAGGCAGGGAGCCCAGCCAACAGCGAGUUGCAGUAAUCCAGACGGGAGAUGACAAGUGCCUGGAUUAGGACCUGUGCCGCUUCCUGUGUAAGGCAGGGUCGUACUCUCCGAAUGUUGUAGAGCAUGAACCUGCAGGAUCGGGUCACCGCCUUGAUGUUAGCGGAGAACGACAGGGUGUUGUCCAGGGUCACGCCAAGGCUCUUCGCACUCUGGGAGGAGGACACAACGGAGUUGUCAACCGUGAUGGCGAGAUCAUGGAACGGGCAGUCCUUCCCCGGGAGGAAGAGCAGCUCUGUUGGUUUGUUGAGAGGCCAUGUGAGGAUAUGACAGAGCCAAGUGACUUGGUGUAUAGGGAGAAAAGGAGAGGGCCUAGAACUGAGCCCUGGGGGACACCAGUGGUGAGAGCAUGUGUUGCGGAGACAGCUUCUCGCCACGCCACUUGGUAGGAGCGACCGGUCAGGUAGGACGCAAUCCAGGAGUGAGCCGCGCCGGAGAUGCCCAGCUCGGAGAGGGUGGAGAGGAGGAUCUGAUGGUUCACUGUAUCAAAGGCAGCAGACAGGUCUAGAAGGACAAGAGCAGAGGAGAGAGAGUUAGCUUUAGCAGUGCGGAGAGCCUCCGUGACACAGAGAAGAGCAGUCUCAGUUGAAUGACCAGUCCUGAAACCUGACUGGUUUGGAUCAAGAAGGUCAUCCUGAGAGAGAUAGCAAGAGAGUUGGCUAAAGACGGCACACUCAAUAGUUUUGGAAAGAAAAGAAAGAAGGGAUACUGGUCUGUAGUUGUUGACAUCAGUGGGAUCGAGUGUUGGUUUUUUGAGAAGGGGUGCAACUCUCGCUCUCUUGAAGACGGAAGGGACAUGGCCAGCGGUCAAGGAUGAGUUGAUCAGCGAGGUGAGGUAGGGGAGGUCACCGGAGAUGGUCUGGAGAAGAGAGGAGGGGAUGGGGUCAAGCGGGCAGGUUGUUGGGCGGCCUGCAGUCACUAGUCGCAAGAUUUUAUCUGGAGAGAGAGGGGAGAAAGAAGUCAAAGCAUAGGGUAGGGCAGUGUGAGCAGGACCAGCAGUGUCAUUAGACUUAACAAACGAGGAUCGGAUGUCGUCAACCUUCUUUUCAAAGUGGUUGACAAAGUCAUCCACAGAGAGGGAGGAGGGGGGAUUCAGCAGUGAGGAGAAUGUGGCAAAGAGCUUCCUAGGGUUAGAGGCAGAUGCUUGGAAUUUAGAGUGGUAGAAAGUGGCCUUAGCAGCAGAAACAGAUGAAGAAAAUGUAGAGAGGAGGGAGUGAAAAGAUGCCAGGUCGGCAGGGAGUUUAGUUUUCUUCCAUUUCCGCUCAGCUGCCCGGAGCUCUGUUCUGUGAGCUCGCAAUGAGUCAUCAAGCCACAGAGCUGGAGGGGAGGACCGAGCCGGCCGGGAGGAUAGGGGACACAGGGAGUCAAAGGAUGCAGAAAGGGAGGAGAGGAGGGUUGAGGAGGCAGAAUCAGGAGAUUGGAGGGAGAAGGAUUGAGCAGAGGGAAGAGAUGAUAGGAUGGAAGAGGAGAGAGUAGUGGGAGAGAGAGAGCGAAGGUUGCGGCGGCGCGUUACCAUCUGUGUAGGGGCAGAGUGAGUAGUGUUGGAGGAGAGCGAGAGAGAAAAGGAUACAAAGUAGUGGUCGGAGACAUGGAGGGGAGUUGCAGUGAGAUUAGUAGAAGAGCAACAUCUAGUAAAGAUGAAGUCAAGCGUAUUGCCUGCCUUGUGAGUGGGGGGGGAUGGUGAGAGGGUGAGGUCAAAAGAGGAGAGGAGUGGAAAGAAGGAGGCAGAGAGAAAUGAGUCAAAUGUAGACGUGGGGAGGUUGAAAUCCCCCAAAACUGUGAAGGGUGAGCCAUCCUCAGGAAAGGAACUUAUCAAGGCGUCAAGCUCAUUGAUGAACUCUCCAAGGGAACCUGGAGGGCGAUAGAUGACAAGGAUAUUAAGCUUAAAUGGGCUAGUGACUGUGACAGCGUGGAAUUCAAAUGAGGAGAUAGACAGAUGGGUUUUGGGAAAAAUUGAGAAUGACCACUUGGGAGAGAUGAGGAUUCCUGUGCCACCACCCCUCUGACCAGAUGCUCUCGGGGUAUGCGAGAACACAUGGUCAGACGAGGAGAGAGCAGUAGGAGUAGCAGUGUUUUCAGUGGUAAUCCAUGUUUCCGUCAGCGCCAGGAAGUCGAGGGACUGGAGGGUAGCAUAGGCUGGGAUGAAGUCAGCCUUGUUGGCGGCAGAACGGCAGUUCCAGAGGCUGCCUGAGACCUGGAACUCCAGGUGUGUGGUGCGUGCAGGGACCACCAGGUUAGAGAGGCAGCAGCCACGCGGUGUGAGGCGUUUGUGUAGCCUGUGCGGAGAGGAGAGAACAGGGAUAGGCAGAGGCAUAGUUGACAGGCUGCAGCAGAUGGCUACAAUAAUGCAGAGGAGAUCGGAAUGAAAUGAACUAAACAUCAGGGAAAGGAGAGAGCAGGCCUCCCUCACCAAAAAAAAUAAAAUAUAUAACUCUCCCAACUGACAAAGGUUGACAAAGGUUGACAUCUCCCAACCCUAGUGUGCGUACGCAUGUUUGUCAGGAGACUUGUCUAGCUAAAUGUCUAGCCCCGUCCAACAAGCCUGUGUAUCUGUUGUUCAUAGCUGCUGUCCACGAAGUUGCCUCACUGCAAGGAGAACGUGUGUCUGGCAUACGGUCAGGACUGGUCGGUGUAUGCGGUGGGCUCUCAGGCCCAUGUGUCCUUCCUAGACCCCCGACAGCCCACUCACAACAUCAAAUCAGUCAGCUCCCGGGAGAGGGGAAGUGGUAAGGAAUUGACACAACACUACAGUGUUUGACACAUAUACACACACACACACACAGGGCGUAUUGGUGAAUAUAUAUAUAUAUAUAUAUAUAUAUAUAUUUCAGAACACUAUAGCAUACAUGCUUUCUGUAAACUUUCUGUAACUUUCAUUUCAUUCCAUUUUUCCAGAGGCAACACGAGGUACUGCAAACACAUUCCACCAAGAAGCAAAACAAAACCCAAACAUUCGCCAAGACCCGCCCUGCACUUAUGCUGCCUUCAAGUGGUAUCGGAAAUAGGAGUUACCGACUCUGAAAUUUCACUUGAAUGACCCUCCAAGUCAGGAUUACGAGUUGGAAAGGCGGGAGUAAAUUAUGAAACCCGAGUUUACGAGUUGUGCCGUUUCAUCACUGGCCUUUUCAACCAAAAGAUGAUAAAACAAAACCAUUUACAUUAUUUGUACAUUAUUUUAAUGUGAAUAAUGUAGCUAGUUUGGCCAUAUUGUCAACGUUAGCCAGCUAGCUAAAAUAUUAUUAGGAACGUUGGCUAGCUAGAUACAUUAUUAUUAUUAUUAGCAACGUUAGCCAGAUAGCUAAAUUAUUAUUAUUAGCAAUGUUAGCAAGCUAGCUAAAUUAUUAUUAUUAUUAUUAGCAACGUUAGUUAGCUAGCUAAAUUAUUAUUAUUAGCGUCGUUAGCCAGCUAGCUAAAUUAUUGUUAUUAGCAAGGUUAGCUAACUAGCUAAAAUACCAUUGGUUGAGAAGAGUUGUUCCGAAUUCAAAAGCACUUGGACACACUGAUGUCGUAUUUACGACUUCACCAACUGGGAAAUGCGAGUUUCCGAGGAGCAUUUGAACGCAGCAUUACGAUGAAGUGCAGAGGCAGUACGUUUGAAAGGAAAAUUUGUUACAGCUUUUUUAAAGACGUUUAUAAAGCUAUUAAAAGGCAAGGUAUUAACUUGUUUGUGUGUGUUCGUUCCCAGGCAUCCGCUCGGUGAGUUUCUAUGAGCACAUAGUGACUGUGGGCACAGGCCAGGGCUCUCUACUGUUCUAUGACAUCAGAGCCCAGAGGUUCCUGGAGGACCCUUCCAGCCUGGCCGGCGGGUUCCGGCAGCGCCCAGGAGAGGGCAUCCUCAAACUCACCACAGGGAAGGGCUGGCUGGUACGAUUAUUUUAUUUAUUGUUCCCCUUUUGUAUACCCCUUUCAGGAACUUUUAACUUGAAGUGUCCUGCUAUUACUAUAUAUGCUACAUGACCAAAAGCAUGUCGACACCUGCUCGUUGGAGAUCUCAUUCCAAAAUCAUGGCCAUUAAUAUGAAGUUGUUCCCCCCUUUGCUGCUAUAACAGCCUUAACUCUUCUGGGAACAUACUGGACAUAUAUACUGGACCUCUGAGACCCUGAAGCGACAUUUGUCUGGAUUUAGUUUGAGAUUAAGAGCUUUUAUCCUGUCCAUGACCUGGCGGAGGCGCUCGUCGUGUUCCUGACCAGGAUGUCGUCCACAAUGAUUUUGACAUGGUUGUUCUGCGAAAAGCUGCUCCAUGCACCUCUGAAACACUUCACUUCCUGUAGAGAUUCCACAGGGCAUGUGUAGGAAGUGAUAUCUGCCCACUGGGGUCAUGAAGGUGGUGAGCUUUGAUGACGCUUCACCAAGUGGGCUCUGCCAGAACCCACACUUGGUAUCCAACAUGAAGAAUACCUUUGCAUCAGGCAUGUCGGAGAUCACCUGCUCCACUGUUCUCAUGGGAUGAUGUGGCCUGAGGAGCGCUUUGUUGAGAUGGACUGGAUCAAUGCAUAUUCUCACUCUUCUAGCCUUUUUCUUUACAGACACCAUGGCUGAGACCCAUUCCAUGGCCUCCUCUUCUCUCGUGAUGACAUCCCGUCCUUCCAUUCGGUCCAUCUCCGUGACCACUUUUUCCUUCAUUGCGAGUGGCAUGCUUCUGGGAGCGCACACUGUGGGGUGCACAGAGACAUCCUGCCGCAUGUUGUAAACGACUGGUAGCUUACCCACUGUGCUGGAGUCAAACAGGUCUCUGUAUUCAGUCUGCUCAGGGGCUUCAUGCUGGACUGCAUGCACUUCAGGUCGGAGACUAACUAAGCCCAGUCGGAUACUGUCAGAGAGGGCAAUGAGUGGUUUGACUUCACAAUACACCACAUGGAAUUGUAGCUUUCCACAUGUAAAGUCCAGAGUGGCAUUGAAAGUCUUACUCACCUGUCCUCCAUAAGCCACUAGAUUCACUGUGUUUGAGUGGUCAACAGGAGUGCUUGGGUCAACGUGUUGUAGCCCCAGUGUAAGUUUUUACUUUAAUGUUCUCACCACUGUUGAUGGCUGAGAGAUCUGUGAAUAUCUCUCCCAUCUCUAAGGUUAUAUCCACAUUUUCACAGUUCAGUAGAUCUACUGGUUCAGGUGUCUCCUGUGUCCCCAGUUCAUUAACCCUGUGUGAAUACCUGCCUCUGCAUGGAUUGGGAGGAGCAGCCUCCGCUCUUCUGGGAAGGCUUUCCACUAGAUGUUGGAACAUUGCUGCGGGGACUUGCUUCCAUUCAGCCACGAGUAUUAGUGAGGUCGGACACUGAUGUUGGGCGAUUAGGCCUGGCUCGCAGUCAGUGUUCCAAUUCAUCCCAAAGGUGUUCGAUGGGGUUGAGGUCAGGGCUCUGUGCAGACCAGUCAAGUUCUUCCACACCGAUCUCGACAAACCAUUUAUGUAUGGGCCUUGCUUUGUGCACGGGGGCAUUGUCAUGCUGAAACAGGAAAGGUCCUUCCCCAAACUGUUGCCACAAAGUUGGAAGCACAGAAUCGUCUAGAAUGUCAUUGUAUGCUCUAGCAUUAAGAUUUCCCUUCACUGGAACUAAGGUGCCUAGCCCGAACCAUGAAAAACAGCCCCAGACCAUUAUUCCUCCUCCACCAAACGUUAGUUGGCACUAUGCAUUCGGUAGUGAAUGUUGCAACCGAGGACAGACUAUUUUUACGAGCUUCAGCACUCUGCUGUCCCGUUCUGUGAGCUUGUGUGGCCUACCACUCUGGCCUUUUGUAAGUCGAGUGUUCCCCAUAGGAUUUUCUUCAGCAGCGGUGUUAGUUCUCAAAAAGGAUCUUAUGAAAAAAAUAUGUUGCUCCAUUAUCAUUUUUCUACAUACUUUAUAGCUGGUUUUAGUUGUUUAAAUUUACAAUGGAAAACUUUUUACCAUCCUGAAAAUAUAUUCCCCCCCACCCCCCCAGUGGAGGCCACGAUUUAAAUGCAUAUAGGUUAAACACUGAUGUCACCCACUCCCUCUCACACCUGUUUCUCUCGCUCUCCCUCAGAAUCACGAUGAGACGUGGAGGAGCUACUUCUCGGACAUCAACUCGUUCCCCAACGCCGUGUACACACACUGCUACGACGACUCCGGCACCAAGCUGUUUGUGGCCGGCGGACCGCUGUGCUCGGGCCUUCACGGCAACUACGCAGCCCUCUGGAGCUAGCCUUCACUUCUCCUCCUCCUCUGUCUUGCCAUCUCUCCUUAACCCACUACCCAGCCCCCCUCUCUCCUCUUCCUUCUUUUAGCGUUUCACUCACUCAGUUGUCCCUCCAGUCUUGUCCCUCCCUCGUGGACUCAGGAGCAUGAUCUUGACCCCC